CAGUAAUUGAACCUGCUGGAGACAGCUGCGAGUGCGCGCUCCUGAUUGUUUGUGGCCGGAGUUGAACUUCUCGCUGGAAACGAAGACAAAAUGCCGACCCGACAGACGAAAACCACAAGAAGCAACGAAAAUAAACACCAGCAGAGUCUGGAAGUGCGACGGAAGAAUCUGACGUUUUUUAUCCAGCAGUUUGAGGAAGAAGUGCGGUCCCGCAUAAACGGCUUGGAGUCCAAACUGGAGGGUCUGUUGGCUUCAGUGGACAAAGCGUUUAAAGUGGAGGAGAUGAAGAUGCUUCCUAGUCUUCAAAACACUCUGAUUUGUGAGGAAGAAGCCUCAACCAGUGAUGUCUCUAUUGCCAUGAAGAAUGAGUCCCGUGAAAUAGUUGAGCCCCUCAGGCGAUUCCCCAGCAGAAGAUUAAAAUCUACAGUUUCACCCCCAGUGUCCGCAAACACAGGCCAGAGUUCUACCAACAGGAAAACAAAGACCUGUAAAGGCACAAGAACCACUAGAAACCUGGUCGGAAGCAACAGCACUGGGAACCUCACGGGAUCCUCGUUGGCGGCCAAGCAACCCCAGGGCCGUCUGACGAGUCGCAAAACUGCUGGGCAGCCGGUGCACAACCAGACGGCACCUAAACUCAGGUCUGUGAUGUCUGCUGGUGAUCUGCAUUGUUCAGUGGGAGCAUCAGCGGCUCACAUCACUGUGACCACAGCGCAGGGACAGUUGUUCAGUUUUUCUGAAGAGACGAAGGACGAGAUCAACCUGGAGCUGCUGGAUGACGUUGCUUGGUGCCAGAUCCGGAGGCUGACGGGUCUGAUGGAGUAUUUAUCACGACAAAAUCGCUGUUUACAGUGAAUUAAGAUGCCCCCCCCCCCCCCCGACCUGGACUGGCCAGCUGGGCUUCUUUCAUAUUUUCUGAUUUUAUCCAAGAUUU